GAGGAGCAGAACAUAAACAAAGCAGCUUUAUGUGCAGGGAUCGCACAACAAAUUCAUGUAUAAUAUAUAUUUUUUAUACAGUUUGAUUUGUAUUUUGCUACAAGGGUAUGUAUAUUAAGCUCUUUUAUUUGCUUUAGAAACGCGAUGUGUGGGUAAAGCCAAAAAGAAUGCCGUUAAUUGUAGCUAUAUCACUAUUACAAUCAUUUUAAUUUGACGUGUUUUACAUUUGAAAAGAGAUUGCAAUGUCGCUUUUUAGUGUUCAAGCAAGGAAACAUACAGUGUAUUAUGACCAUCUCCUGUCAGCUGGGAGAGCUAUGACUGGAGAUGUAAAAGACUCUGUUAAUUCAGUAACACUAGAUUCUUUAAACGGGGAUAUUAGCAAGAUGUCGGAAAGGAGCAGACAAGUGAACAGAACAUAUGUGAUUUCUACGCUGUCAAAAAGCGGAAAUGGACCACAGACUCCAUACCGCGGGAGACUCACUCUACAGAGGAGGUCAAAAAGGAAAUCUGGGACUGAACGAACAUUUGUAGUAGACAGCAGCCAGAGCAGCACGCCAACAGCAGAAAAGAGACUGACCCUGCAGAGAAGAACCAGGACGCCCUCAUCCAUGGACAAGAGCGUGAACCGUGGGCCCAGGCUGAGCUCCAGUGCCCACCUCGCUGCAGCAAAGAUUUUGAGUGAACCAAACGGCAGGACAACCGCUUUGGUCCGCUCUGUUAGUCUGAAAGAUGGAGCAAAAAGUUACAGAAGGAAAAGUGGUGUCCGUGUGGAAACCAAGUCAAAAGUGACAAACGGCUCAACGCCUUUGUUGCUAAAAUCUACAGCUAAGCAUUUGGAAGAAGAUGGUACAAGUUUUAAAACGCCCACCAGAAAGACUCCGUUUGAGAAAAUAGCAGCAAAGAGAGAUGUCUUUGAAAAGCUGGCAGCCAAGGAAGCCCCUAAACCACUGCAAAAAACUACAAGCCUGGAACGGUCCAAAUCACGAAUACAGCAAAAGGGUGAUUCAAAACCCGUCCCAACUCCCAGAAUUAGCAAAGCCACAAACUCUGCGGUCAGUGUAAGCACCACAACUGCCACUCCAAGAGGAGAGUCAGUCAGGAUAAGAACAUCCACCACUGCACCAGCUCCAGUGCAGCGGGAACAGCCCCUUUCCAGGCCAAGUGAAGCUGUGAAGCAGCCAGAUCAUCUACAAAUGGAAAACAGUGCCGUUACUGUUGCAGUUCGUGUCCGCCCUUUUAACACCAGGGAAAAGACAGAGAAAGCUUUGCAGGUCAUUUUCAUGAAUGGCCAAGAGACUGUUGUCCACCACCCAGACACAAAGCAAAGAUACACUUUCGCAUACGACUUCUCCUUUUGCUCAGUGGACAACAGUAACUCUGAUUUUGCCAGCCAGCAGACUGUUUAUGAGAACUUGGCCAAACCUCUCCUACACAGGGCAUUUGAAGGCUACAACACCUGCCUCUUUGCCUAUGGUCAGACUGGCUCAGGAAAGUCUUACACAAUGAUGGGAUUUGGAGAUGAGGCAGGCAUAAUCCCCAGAUUCUGUGAAGAUCUUUUUUCUGAGUUGAGUUCUAUGAAAAGUGAAAAGGUUAAUUGCUAUGUAGAAAUGAGCUAUUUUGAAGUGUACAAUGAGAAGAUUCAUGACCUGCUUGUCACACGGGAUGAUCCCAAUCAAAGGCAGAUGCCAUUGAGAGUCAGAGAACACCCAGUACACGGCCCUUACGUCGAAGCACUUUCUGCUAAUACUGUGGGCUGUUAUAAUGACAUUCAGGGUUGGUUACAGCUUGGCAAUAAACAAAGGGCUACAGCUGCAACUGGAAUGAAUGACAAGAGCUCCAGAUCACACUCAGUCUUCACCUUAGUUAUGACUCAGACAAAAACUGAGUUGGUUGAAGGAGAGGAGCAUGACCACAGCAUCACCAGCAAGAUAAACUUGGUGGAUCUGGCAGGCAGUGAACGCUGUAACUCAGCUAAAACUAGUGGAGACCGACUCCGGGAAGGUGUCAGUAUCAAUAAAUCCCUUUUAACACUUGGAAAGGUCAUUUCAGCACUUUCUGAGCAGGCUUUGACCAGAAAAAAGAUCUUUAUACCCUACCGCGAGUCUGUUCUUACCUGGCUAUUAAGAGAGAGUCUUGGGGGAAACUCAAAGACGGCCAUGAUUGCCACACUCAGUCCAGCUGGUUGUAAUGUGGAUGAAAGCCUCAGCACCCUGCGCUAUGCUCAGCAGGCUCGCACUAUCAUUAAUGUUGCCAAGGUCAAUGAGGACACCAAUGCCAAACUCAUCAGAGACCUAAAGGCAGAGGUGGAGAAGCUAAGGGCGGCUCAGAUGAGCUCCCAAGGUGUAGAACCUGAGAGGGUCAAACAGUUUCAGCAGGAGAUUGUGGCCUUAAGGAAUAAACUGUGGCAGCAAGAAAGAGAAAUGGUGGAGGCUAACAGGGCAUGGAGAGAAAAGCUCGAGGAAGCAGAAAUUCGUAAAUGUGAUGAGGCCAAGGAGUUGCAGAAAGCUGGUGUGACAUUCAAAGUAGACAACCGUCUUCCAAAUUUGGUUAACUUAAAUGAGGAUCCACAGCUGUCGGAGAUGCUUUUAUACAUGAUCAAAGAAGGCCGAACAACAGUGGGGAAACUGAAAUCUGAUUCCACCCACGAUAUUCAGCUGACAGGAGCUCUGAUUGCAGAUCAACACUGUGUUAUAAACAACAUGCAAGGUACCGUGAGCAUUACGCCAAUGGAAAAUGCCAAGACCUUUGUCAAUGGCAAUCUCAUUUUUGAAUCCCAUGUUCUUCAUCAUGGCGACAGGGUGAUUUUGGGUGGGGACCACUAUUUCCGCUUCAAUCAUCCAGCAGAAGUUCAGUCUGGGAAGCGAGUGUCUUGCUGGACAGGUGCAGGCGAUGGGCACAAAGAUUUUGAAUUUGCCAAAAAUGAGUUGCUUGCAGCUCAAAGAGCACAACUUGAAGCAGAAAUUGAAGAAGCCAAUUUAAAAGCUAAAAAAGAGAUGAUGCAGGGAAUACAAAUGGCAAAAGAGGUGGCACAAAAGGAACUCUCGGACCAAAAGACACUUUAUGAAGACCGGAUUCGAGUGCUAGAAAAAGAGCUGCAUGCAGAAAAUGAACGCAAACGUCAACAGGCGCUAGACCAUCAAAAGGUGGCUAGCCAGAUGAAAGAUCUCAAAAUGGCCAAGUUGGAGUUGGAGCAAGAGGUUGACACCCAGAGGAAACGCCUCCGCCUGCACAUGGAGGCCCAGGCAAUGGAGGAACAUCGCAUCACUCAAGCUAAGAUUGUGGAGGCCCUGGAGGAAGAGAAAAAGAAAAUCAGCAGAGAGCUUGAGGAAAUCCAAAAGAAAAGGGCUUUAAGAGAAAACCAGAGUCUCAAAAAUGAUUCAACUAAAUGGAAUGCAAUGAAGCUGUCCUUAAUGAUCGAAGAAGCCAACAAGAUAAGUGUAAAGCUUAGGAAGAACACAGUUUUCAGCAGACAUGAAAGCUCUGAGAAUGAUCAAGGUGGGCUUCAUGUUCGGGUACAAAACACAAAGCUUGGGAUCUCCACAUUUUGGAGCUCGGAAAAAUUUCAAAACAACAUGGUUGUCAUGAGAGAACUUGAACAGGAGGAUUCUACCUCUAAAGAUGACGAUGUGUUUUAUGACCCUGAUGAUGAGUGGGAGCAAGAUAUAUCGGCCUCCUCCACCUCUUCUUUUUCAAGACGCAGGAGUAGAAGCCUGUUAAAAAGUAGGAGAAUUUCUGGUAAACUGUACGAGAUCAGAGUUCAUCCAAUUCAGAGUCUUCAUAAUGGUUCCACCCAAAAUGCUGGUUUAAUGGGCGGGCCCAAACCCCCAUCCACUUCUCCGAGUUCAACGGACUCUGCCAUACCAGGAAUCUGCAAGGAGCUCAUUGGGCAAUCUGUCGCUCUUCUUCGCAGCUGUAAUGCCACAGAGGAGAGUUUGGCCGACAAACUGGCCUCUGAUCUAUACGUAGUUUACACAGCAGCCCAAACAAUCUCUGAUUUGUAUGACAGCCUGGAUGAUGACAGUCCGGAAAAUGUAUUCACAGGUAACCCUGUAGCACAAACUCAGUUGAUCAAGUCGUCUGUAGCUAUGGAAAGUGCCGUGUUUGUUACCAUGCAAUGGUUGGCAAUAGUGAAGCCUUCCUCAGGCCUGCUCUACACAAUUGCAGAAGAACUUAAGAGUCAAGUAAAGAAAAUGGGAGGAUUUUUUCAACUUCUGAUACAGGGUUGUGAGUCUGAAAUAACAUCAAUGGUGACAGAGGCUUGGCGGAAAAGUAGCCAGUGUCUGAAUGCAGCGUUAGUUACGAUUUGCCACUUGGCAGCAGUGACAGGCUUGCCUCUGAAUACAAUUGCCCUUGCUGCCCAAGCCACUGGCAAGCCUUCAAUUAUCACAUCUCUGCUAAAAGGAACCAGCAAAGGGUUUCAUUCACUCUUAGAGGAGAGCCUCAACAUAACCAAAGAAAUGCUAAGAGAGGCCCAGCUGGCAUAUUCUCGAAAUCCGGUUCUGCAAAGCCUUAAAUCAAAGGUGCUUGACUUGGCUCCUGCUCUUCAGAACUUCAUGCUUUACCAUAUCACUGAAAUUCAGGAGAACAAUAAGGAGUUUGAGGAUGAAUCUUCAACUUGCCAAAAACUGAGGGCUACAGUGACCCGGUUGUAUGAGCUAAACCAAGUUAUUGGACAGUUGAAUUCUUCUUUAUCCACUGCCCUUCGAGGGAUAGACACAGAUGUUAACCUUGGAGGCUUCAGAGAUCUUAUCUCGUCUUCAGCCAGAAGAGUUGAUGAGCUCAUAACUGGUCUCUUUGAGGACAGAGAAGGGAUGCAGUGUGCCCCGUCUCCAAAUGCCCUACUUGAUGACAUUCACUCUGCCCUCCACUCCCUGUGCCUGUCUUGGUCACAGCACACAGCAGGAGAGGGAGGAGCAGACACUUCAACGAGGAGCUCUGCUAGUGAUGGCUCACUCCAAGAAAAUGUUACCAUUCACAGUACAGUCAGAAAUAGAGUGUUUAGUAAAGUUGUCUAUGCUUUGCCUUCAGGUACCACAGUUGCAAGUCCACGCUGGGUGUAAUGUUGUAAUUUAUUCUGCUUUUAAAUCACGUUUUACUUAAAAAAUAUACUGCAGUGCUUAUUAAGUG